GAAAUACGUAGACCAACAUUUGUCUCGCCCUGUCCUGUCGCCGUCUUUGAUUUCCCACUAACAAAAACAAAAAUCUGCCCUCUCCUGAUACGGUAUGGCCUAUGCGUACAUUGCUGACUCAUCAGAGUCCCUGACACAGCCUCGGACCCUUUUGGGACAUGGACUGCGCCGUUACUUCGCAAGAUUAACUCCCAUCCGAUUCCUGCAUCCCAUUCCUGGCAUACAACCCUACAUUGGUUCUCAAAUGAUCUGCCCACUUAACUCAUCCUAAUUUGUCACACUCACAACACCAAAACUAACGCAGCUUCUGCCCCGUACCCGGCUACCUGCUGUACUCAAAAUGCCACCGAGGCGACCUCACACAAAGAGUCGCUACGGUUGCACGCAGUGCAAAGCCUCUCACAUCAAGUGCGAUCAACGUCAUCCUAUGUGUGGGUCGUGUAGGAAGAAGGAAAAGAAUUGUAGUUACGGAGUGCGGCGGAAAGAUUUCAGUCAGACAUCUACGCCCUGCCUCCUUCGACCCACUACCUCGACCGUUUCUGAGCAAGAACGCGAACUCUCUGUCCUCUCUACAACCCACAGCGAAGCUUCUAACCAGAGAUUUCCUUUUCCAAGUCAAAUUUCUACCCCUCCGCAUCUCUCAGGUGCGGAGAAUGGUGCUUCAAUCCUUUGGGAAGAUCUAGAACUCAUGCGUCACUUUGUUACCGAGACGUACCUGACCUUCUCCUGUAUAGAUUCAAUCCAGGAUCUAUGGCGGACCACUCUCCCGAAAAUGGCUUCUGGUUACCCGUUCAUGAUGCAUGGUCUUCUGAAUAUCUCCGCCCUUCAUCUCGCGUUUCUCAAUCCCGCCAAAAGAGACUUAUAUCUGGCCCCGGCAAUUCGACAUCAUGAGAUUUUUCUCUCGCUUUAUCGAUCUCAAUUGCAUAGCAUUACACCAGAUAAUUGCUCUGCGGUGUUCAUCUCUUCUUCAUUGAUCUCUAUAUGUACUCUCGCGUUUGCUAUCUGUAGCAACAACUCCUUUUCAUCAAUGCCCUCUUGCUUUUCCUCCUGCCAACAAAAGCAGCAAUUCGAUAGUCCUAUCCAACUAGCUUCCAGUCUUUUCACUCUUCUCGAAGGUUCGUUGGCACUAGUUCGCAUCUCCUGGCAGUGGCUAGAAGAUAGUCCCAUCUCCGCCUUCUUCAUAAAUCGCUUCCAGUCUUCCGAGGUGGAGUCGAACGCCAAAAUUUGCCUUCGCCCUUUUGACUCAGCUUUUUGUCUCCUUAAGACAAGCAUCGAGUCAAUGUCAUCGCGGUCAAACCCAUCUUCAUCAACAUCACCUGCGCAACCAUCACAUUCAUCUCGGCAUACGUCUCCUUCCCCACUCUCCCAUAAAGAAUUGAGUGCCUACAACAACGCUAUCAGCACCCUACGAGAAGUCUUCAUCAUUCUAAGCUCAAGUGAGGCCGACAAUGGAGUUGUUUUAAUGUGGCCGUAUUUACUUGAUGCAGAACAGGAUUUUGGAACGCUGCUGAAGGAAAUGCGACCACUAGCAUUAGUAAUUUUGGCACAUUAUGGAGUGGCGCUUCAUAUUUCUCGAGAUGACUGGUUCAUUGGAGAAUUGGGACGAAAACUCGUUUUGGACGUAAAUAAGACUUUGUCACUAGCAGGGGGCGAAGCUGAGUUGCAGGAGUUGAUGGCAUGGCCGUUGGAGAUGGUGAGCACUGGUGAGGGGCUGGACGGUAGUGACGUAAAUGGAUAGAGUUCAAAGAGGAUCCAAAAUCUAUCGUAUGAGAAAGGCCCAGAUGAAUGCCGGCUUGCCGACACUAACUUAAAUUCUGGCUGUCGGUGUCUGAUAAUUUUCCUGCACAGAAAAUUUACCGAGAUCAGCAUGCUAAAGGCAAACAGUUCACACACUAGCAAUUGUAACAGUUUCGCAACUUGCCACAGAACUUGCCACAGACACAAGGUGGAAGUUUGCAAGAGGACAAAGGGGUAAAACAUCAUCGUUCUACGAAAACAAUGAGCCUGAUAACUCUAGUGAAAUCGAGUCGGAAAUUUCAUAAGAAAUUUGAAAUUUGUAUAUGCUUGAGAGCGAGCGGUAGGCGCGCGCAAAGUUAAUUCGAACUUAGAGUACUCGAGGACUUAAAUUAGUUAUUGAUUUCAGAUUUGGGAAUUGGAAGUCAAGAACCAUUAACAGGACCCUCAUUUUCUGUAGAAAAAUUGCGAUCAAAAAUGUAAGCACACGGAUCUAUCUAUUAGCGAAAGAUAUGUUGUUGUAUUACUCUCAUACUCUCAUACUCUCAUACUCUCAUACUCUCAUACUCUCAUACUCUCAUACUCUCAUACUCUCAUACUCUCAUACUCUCAUACUCUCAUACUCUCAUACUCUCAUACUCUCUCAGAGCGACUCGAUUACUUUUUUAUCCUAAAAUAAAAUUGAAAGAUGAUUUA